AUGGGACCCUUCCCAACCUCCUACUCAAAUAGCUACAUAUUAGUGGCCAUUGAUUAUGUUUCAAGAUGGGUAGAGGCCAUAGCUACUGCAACAAAUGACAACAAGGUUGUGAUAAGCUUCUUGAGAAGGAACAUCUUCAGCAGAUUUGGAGUUCCCAGAGCUCUUAUUAGUGAUGGGGGGUCACACUUCUACAACAAACAAUUAGAAGCACUCCUUCUCAUAUAUGGAUUCACAAAAGACUGGUCUAGGAAGCUAGAUGAUGCUCUAUGGGCCUACAGGAUAGCAUUCAAGACCCUCAUUGGGAUGUCACCAUACCAACUAGUAUUCGGCAAGGCUUGCCACUUACCAGUUGAAUUAGAGCACAGAGCUUUUUGGGCACUAAAACUACUCAAUUUUGAUGAAAAGGCUGCUGGAGAAAAGAGAUUAAUGCAACUCAAUGAGCUGGAAAAGUUUAGAAAUCAAGCAUAUGAGAAUGCAAAAAUCUACAAAGAAAACACAAAAAGGUGGCAUGACCAAAGGAUAGCAAGAAGAGAGUUCAUUGAAGGACAAAAGAUGUUACUCUACAACUCUAGACUCAAGUUCUUCCCUGGAAAACAUAAGUCUCGAUGGUCAGGACCUUUCACCAUACUCAAGGUGUUUCUCUACGGUCAUGUGGAGCUCAUGGAAGACAAGACUCAGAGAACUUUCUCUGUCAAUGGCCAUAGACUCAAACAUUACUUGGGAAGCUCAUUGGAGGAGCAGAAAGUGAGCUACAAGCUCAGCUAA